AUGCAUACCAUAGAUAUUGCUGAGGACGGCUAUCGAUACUACUCGUUCGAUCCGUCGUCGCAGUCACAAUUCUCGGAGAUCCUGACGCUCAUCGCCUCCAACCUCUCUGAACCCUAUUCCAUUUACGUCUACUGGUACUUCUUUCACCAAUGGCCUCAGUACUGUUUCCUCAUAAGCAAGGAAGACGAUGACAAGAUCAUCGGUGUGAUCAUCACGAAAGUGGAGCUCCACCGAGAAGUCCGCAUGCGUGGAUACAUAGGCAUGUUGGUGAUCGACCCGGCGUAUCGAGGGAAAGGAUUGGCAAAGAGACUAGUCAAGUUGAGCAUUCGAAAGAUGAUCGACUGGGGCAAGGCAGACGAGAUUAUGCUUGAGACGGAGGUCACCAAUACGGCUGCAUUGCACUUAUAUGAGCUGCUUGGGUUUAUGAGAACGAAAAGAAUGCAUCGGUACUACUUGAAUACUCACGAUGCAUUUCGGUUGAUUCUCCCAGUUCUGGAGACUCUGGCGGUGAGAGUGGCCUUUUUGCCGCUGCAGAGUGUGGAUGCUGUCGGGGUAGCCAAUGGUGUAGAAGCCAUCGAGUUGUAG